AUGUCAUCGUCCAGUUAUCCUCCACCGCCAGUGGCGCCAGGGACCGACGCGACCGCAACUGACGCCGACACCGCGCAACAGGGCACCGACUCGCAUCACAACCAACACCACAAUCAUAAUCACAACGUUGCUCACUCUUAUCAAACGACACAUGCUGGCCCGGCGCACGCCCAUACACAGUAUAUCGCCGACGCUGCUGCCGCGGCGGCGGCUGCUGCUGCUCACCAUGGCUUGCAGGCCCUCCAGGCGGCCGUCGCUGGCCCUAAUCCCGCCGCAACAAGUCCCAUGACGUCGCAGCAUGCUGGCUCUAUUUCUGACCCGUCACUCGACGGGAAUGCAUCCGUUCCCGGAGCGGCGAUGGCGUCGCAGCCGCAAAAACCGAAGUUAACCCGUCUUCGCCGGGCCUGUGAUAUGUGCAGUCAGCGCAAAGUGAAGUGUGACGAGUCGCAUCCUUGUCGGGGAUGCACUGACCUCGGGGUCGACUGCACGUUCAAUCGCCAGAUGAAGCGGCGCGGCCCGCCAAACAAGCAUGCAGAAGCUGCAAAGGCGGCAAAGCAGGCUCGGCUCGAGCCAAACAUCAGCCCAAGUCCGCACAAUGCGGCCGAGACGUUGAUUUCAAUCGCUGGUGGUCAAGAUGCCCAGCAAGCCAUGGACGCUGAAGCGAUCGCCCCUUGGCCAGUGCUCACCCUCCUCAUUGACGACUUUUUCAUUUACAUUCAUCCCCUCGCCCCUUUUCCUCAUGAGCCGACCUUCCGAAUGUCAUUUACUGCGCGCGAGGACCGCACGAACAAAGGGUUCCUCGCGCUCCUAGCCAGCAUGAUCGGAGCCUUAGUCGCAUCGUUCCCUAGGACGGCACGGCUGCAUCUGAAGGCUCAUCCUCACGGCAUGCACAUGUACCCUAAGGCGAUCACACUCAUCGAGAAAUGCCGCGCGAUCGCUCUGCAGGCCAGAGGGCCUUCAUUUUACAGCAGGGAAGACAUCAGUGUCUAUGACGCUGCAACCAGCUACUUCCUGGGGCUAGCUGCAGCUUACACAAUGCAACUCAAGGUGUGCCGGCGGUUCAUGUCUGAAGCAAUGACCUUCAUUCGAGAACUAGGUUAUCACAAACCUCGGGAUAUGGGGUCGUCGAUGUUUGGUGUCACAUACCGUGGGCCCCCAUUUAAUCAUGUCGAAGACCAGCUCGGCAAGCGUAUCUUUUGGACCAUGUUCCUCGGCAUUCGGUCGAUGUACCAGCUUGGUCCCCAUCACAGUGAUGUUAUUCUCCCUCCUCCCACACCGAGUGAACCCUACCCUGAGCUCCCGGUCGAGGUCGACGAUCAGUACAUCCUGACACAUCAAAUACUUGGUCAGCCUGAAGGCACUGUGUCAUUACUUACCGGCUUCAACCAAGCCAUUAAAAUCUACAUGACCAUGAACGGCUUAGUCAGCGUUGAGCUCUCAUACGGCAUCUCAACCCUGCCCUUUCAAGACCAGAAGUCCAUGUUGGACGAGUCCUUGCAAGCGGUCAAGCAAGUGAUGGAAGGCAUGCCAAGAGAGUUGACCAUCGAUCUGAGCCCUGGUGGCACUAGCACAGGUACCGGUCAGUCCUCACAUCCAGCUGGGAUGCCCGAUCUUGUUCCUGGAACCGCUGGUACCGGCCCAGCGAAUGUCUUUGAAGACACAACCACAACAGCCAGCUUACACACAUACUUCCCUACCCCUUACCCAGCAGCAACCGUUCAGGCAGCAACAGACUUCCGGCCCCCUCCCGUCGGAGCCCAACCCGAGCGCCGACGGCUUCUCCAAUACGAAAUCCAAAAAGGCAACAUCUACGCCUCCCAAAUCGCCACCCGCUCCUACUACGUUGAGCGGUACCUCACCCUUCGCGAUGCCCAUCGGGAACAAGCCCGCGCGCAAGCCCAAGCCGCCGAAGCAGUCAACUUCGCAGCAGCAGCUCAAUCCAACACCGACUCAACAUCCUCAGCAGCCGGCACUAACCCCGGCAAAGCACCCGCCCCAAACCCCGAAGACGACCCCAUUGACGCCGCCAUGCUCGCCGAGCGCGAGCUAAUCGCAAACCACCUCCUCAUCGUCCUCUCCUCCCUUUCCCAGCGCAGCAUGGAACCCAACGGCGCCUCGCUCAUCACCAAGAUCCGCCAGGUCGCCUCAACCCUCAUCAACACCGCUACCGACGCGACGGGCCACAAGCCCGCCGGCUUGAACCCGACAGCCGCCCUCGCUAACUUGGCGAUUAACCCCGCCCUGGGGCUAGCCGUUGGCCUAGGGGCGAAUACGGCAUCUUCAGCGAACCCCAAGACUCAGGAGAUGCUCUCCAAGUUUGUCGAGGUCCUUACUAGGCUGGAACGGAUCCCAUCCGCGACGACGUCAACAUCGCUGGCGGGGAUAGGUGCACUCGGGGCGCUGAACCUGGGCGGUACUGCGGCCGGAGGGAUUGUCGGUGGUGUUGGAGGGGUCGGGGACGGCACAGGGCAUAGCUCGGGGGUUGUGGGUGAGGAUGAGGAGCGAGAGUUGCGCGUUUGGGCUGACCUGAGGGAUCCGAGUCGGGUGCCGCACGUUCCGCCGGGGGUUGCGGUUGGGGCGGUUGGGGGGCUGGGGUUUUUGCAGGGGGGUGGAUGGUUGGGUUGGGUGUAG